AUGAGCCAUGCGAAGAUACAAGAAGAUUAUUAUGAAUACAGUAAACUUCGUCAUAGAAAAUUAAAAAAGAGCAGUUCAUCGCUAAAUAAAAUGGUAGGAUUGGGUAGUGACGAGCUAUUCGUUUCGAAUAUCGCCGAUAUCAAUAUGGAAUUGGAGAUCAGUUCUGAGGAUGAAAGUGAUGACAAUGAAAGAGGCGAUAUACAACGGCUGAUACCGUCAGUGAAUAGCGAAAUUACCUACAGUAGUGGAAAAAAGGAUAGCCAAAAGAGCGAGGCGAAGAAUGCAGACGACGAAAGCGUCUGGUCUAUAUCCAUCCAAAUGUUCAUACCCUUUUUACUCGCCGGCUUCGGUAUGGUCGCCGCUAGUUUGCUACUAGAUGUAGUGCAGCAUUGGCCAGUUUAUCAGGUGGUAUCCGAGGUGUACAUAUUAGUUCCUGCAUUAUUAGGCCUAAAAGGAAACCUGGAGAUGACAUUAGCUUCCAGAUUGUCAACUCAGGCUAAUCUAGGUCAAAUGGAUACAAAGAAACAGCAAUGGACAUUAAUCGUCGGAAAUUUGGCUUUAAUUCAAUGUCAAGCUAUGGUGGUGGGUCUGCUAGCGUCCUUAGCCGCUGUGAGUCUCGGUUGGGUCCCAGAAGCUCAUUUCGACAUCCACCAUGGACUUUUACUAUGCGCUAGUGCCUUGGUCACUGCUUCCGUAGCCAGUUUCCUGCUGGGUCUUGUGAUGGUUGCAGUCAUACUAUUGUCGCGGCAAAUGAAUAUUAAUCCCGACAAUGUUGCUACCCCGAUUGCUGCUUCUUUAGGAGAUUUAACUACUUUAGCUCUUUUAUCUUGGAUCGCUUCUUUGUUAUACAACGCAAUAGAUUACGCUCCAUGGAUAGCUCCAAUGCUAAUAGUAUUUUGUGUAUUUGUGACUCCUGUGUGGGGUUAUGUAGCAGCCAGAAAUCCAUUUACUAAAGAAGUAUUGGAUUAUGGCUGGACGCCUGUGAUAUCCGCGAUGUUAAUAAGCAGUCUUGGUGGACUGAUCUUGGAUUAUACCAUAUCGAGUUACAAAGGUAUAGCGGUUUUUCAAUUAGUAAUUAAUGGCGUUGGAGGGAACUUGGCUGCCGUUCAGGCCAGUAGAAUAUCGACGUCUCUGCACAAAGACUGUCACACGGGUAUUCAAGGAACUCUCAAUGUUUGCAUCAGUCCAUUCCAUGCAUUUUUUACAAAAGGAGGACACGCAAGAACAGCUAGAGUAUUAUUAAUGAUGGUGAUACCAGGACAUUUGAUCUUUAGUUACACCAUUAGUUACCUUCAAGCAGGACAUACCUCAUUUACGCCUAUAUUCAUUAUGAUAUAUUUAAUCGCUGCAAUGUUGCAGGUAAUCUUGUUGUUAUAUAUCGCGCAAUUGAUGGUCGUUUGGAUGUGGACGAGGGGUAUAGAUCCGGAUAGUUCUGCGAUACCGUAUUUAACGGCAAUUGGCGAUCUUAUAGGCACUGCGCUUCUUGGAAUUGCUUUUCAUAUCCUUUAUGCCAUAGGCGAUGGCGAUUCCGACGUAGGAGAUUGAUCUGUUCAAAAAUUCAAUAUAAUGCUAAAAUAACCUGCAUAAUGUUUCAGGUUAUAAUAUUUGAAAGUAUUCUUCAAAAGACUACAAAAGAAGUUUAAAUUCAUAGAGUUCUUAAUGCGUCGCGUCAACCAUGAUUCGAGAUUAUCAGUGGCACUUUCAUUGCUGUGAGUUUUAUUCUUUUGACAAAACAUUAUGUUUUACUCUCAAAACAAAACAUUUAACAUUUCUUUAUAUGAAAAAAGUAUGUUAAAGAGUACAAACUAAAUUAAGUAUAUAAUUAGUAAAGAUAUAUUGAAUGCAAAAA